AUGGGACCGUCUUUGAGAGACCACUCAUCUUUCGUCCGGCCAUCCACUCGUGAUCGGCCGACGACUCGCGGCGAGGGGGAAAAUUCGCUGGUCGUCCCCAGUCGCACGUCGUCGCUACACUCGCGCAUCACCCAACCCAUUCCAUCCACUCUCAACAUCAAGCCCGCCCAGCGGACUCCCAAAACUCUCACUCAUGCAUACAUGGUCUGCGGUGUCGGCCGUGAGCCCUCACAAUGGGUCAAGGCACCUACCCCCGAACAGGGCAAGAUUGGCCACAUGAAGGGUGCCGUGGGUCAAUUCUGGCUUCCUGAGAUCCUGGGAAGCAGCCCUCGAUUGGAACAGGAUAAUGAAAUUGCACGAGCCUUGCACUCGGCUAUGAGGGCAUGCUUCCCCCACGAUGUCGAGAUUUGCACUGGCAAGAGUCAGCCUCAUUGCGCCCACCACGCCUUCGUUCUCCAGCAAGACUCUUCUCACACUCUGUACGGUAUCGCGCUGCGCGUCUGGUCCCGUGCCGACGAGAAGCGCGCUGAGACCAUCCGUGAAUUGCGCAAGAAGACCGAGCCCGACUUUUAUGACAACCCUGACGAGACCUACUGGAUCCCUUACUGCUUGAGCUUCCUCUCCCGCUAUCCCCUGUACGACCUGCUGGGUGAUUACCUCCGGGGGAUGUGGAUUCACUGGAACAAGGCCACGAACCUGUUCCACGCCGAGGAGGUCUCUCGGAUUCUGAGCUUCCCAGCUCCCCGCCUGAACGAUCUGGUCCGCAUCGACAUGAAGGACUACGCUCUUUGCUACCAGUUCCCCUCGUCCCCGACUGGCUUCCAGAACUUCUCCAUGUGGCCCCUGUUCAACUGUCUCUCGAUUCCGAACAUUGUCGGAGUCAUUGAAGCUGCGGUCUCUCCAACUCGCCGAAUCAUCUUCGUGUCUCACUACCCGGCUAUGCUGACCGUGGCCGCUGAGACAGUCCGCUACUGCGUUCGUGUUUAUGAGUGGAGCGGCUUGUACGUUCCUGUCGUGCACGCUCGUCACGUCAAGGAGCUCGUCCAGGAGCCUGGCCCGUACAUCUUGGGUAUCACUGCUGAAUGCCGUACUUUGUUCAACGCUCCUUCAGAUGCUCUCGUGGUGGACCUCGACCGCAACUUUGUUCUCACCUCUAGCCCGCCCAACGUUUUGAACCAGGGCCAGCGUACCAAGUUCAUCAACCGCAUGACCCAGGCUCUUAACGGUGAUGUGUCGCCCUCUGGUGUACCCACUCACCUCCGCUCCGCUUACGCUGGUGGCAAGCUGAUCCCCGCGGGUCAGAUCAUCGUCAUGCGCGGUGAGGUGGAGAGCGUACAGGACCCCAACUGGUGGAACCAGGAUGCCGUCAUGAGUGUCAUGGACCAUGUCUGCGAGAAGCUCGGCCGCAACACCGGCAUGAAGGCCAUCUUCGGCGGUUCCGUCAAGAAGCCACUCAUGACCAAGGUGUCGAUGCGUCACCUCAACGAGAUCGUUCGCGAACGCAACCAGUACUCGCGCGAUGCUAUGGAGGCCUGGCAGGACUUCAUCAACCUCAAGGGCCGCAUGGAUACCGAGCUCAGCAAGGUUACCAAGCGCAACAACUUCCUGGUCGAGGAGCUCGAGACUUGGAAGCAGCAGUUCCUCAAGUUCCAGGCAUUUGCUGAGCAGCUCACCAAGGAGACCUCCGAACUCAAGGUUAAGAUUGAGAAUCACAAGCGCGAGAACCGUCGCCUUACUGGUCUUAUUGACCAGCAGAAGGAUGAUGUCGCUCGCCUCACUCUUCGCCUGUCUGGCACUGAGAAGCAGCGUGAUGACGCUCUCGAGGCUUUGGUUCUUCAGCAGGAGAUUGCCGAGGAGCUCGAGCGUGAGCGCAAGCGCAACCAGAAGGAGAUCUCCGCCCUCACUCACACUAACUCUACCCUCUCUCGCCAACGCGAUGACGCCCAGCGUGUGGUUCUGCACCUGCGCAGCCUGAUCAAUGGCCAAAGCCACCACAUGGAGCACAUUGUUCGCUCCAUUGGCAGCAGCUCUGAGAUUACUGAGAUGGUCGAGCAGGGUUACGAAGACGCCCCCGAAGAGGCUACCGAUAGCGCUGAGCGCUUAGAGACGGUGAUGGAGAGCAACGCUCAAAAGGCAACUUCGGUAAAUGAUAUGAAACCCGAGCUCGAGCAGCACCUGCUGAACCUCAGCAAGGACCACAAGACCCUUGCCCGUCUAAGCAUUACCGAUGUCGCGGACCGUUAUCUCCGCGACAAGACGGAUGCUAUUGCGGACAUCAUUCGUAGCAUCAGUGACCAGUGCGCCGCCGCCGUCGAGGGACUCCACCUCGCCCAGGACGCCGAGGAGGAUGAGGAGAUUGAUUCCAACUCCAAGUCCGCCUCUCGCCAGAACGGUGGUGACCGUCUUGGCUCGGAGUAUGAUGAGGGUCGCGCAACCCGCGCCACCAGCGAAGUGAGCGACAACGACAACAACUCGCUGCACCCGGAAAACCGCCACUCUAGCAUCCCUCCCACCCCCGACUUGGUGCACAACCGCUCCAGCACGUCCAUGUCCAUGGUCAGCAGCUCCACUUUCCCGGAGCGCUCAAGCCAGCAGUACGGCCCUGGUGAUGUCCCGACCCGUAUCGUGGAGGAUGAUGAUGAGCAUGCCCACGAGACGGAGAACAUGGAUGACCAGGCUACUGAGACUGGCACCUUGUCCAAGCAGGCCAGUGAGGAUCUCAUGCGGCCUCAGACCGCGCGGGUGAUCUCUUAG